CUCUUCAUUAACAUCGAGGGUUUGAUGCCGUGUUUGCCUCCGGCAGCAGAAGCUAUCAACCGGAUUGCGUCCCCCUGGGUUUGCCUGAGACAAACAGUUGGACCGCCUCCUGGCAGAAGAGGAAAGUUACAGGAAGAGAUGAUUUUUUAUUUUAUUUAUUUUUUUUAUUUAUUUUUGGAUCGGCACCAUCAGGACGGUUUCCAGAUACCGCGCGAGGUGAAGGGGGGACGACGCGUGCAGGUGAUCUUAAAACAACAGGAAGUUGAUGGGAGUUUGGCGGCAGCGUCGGGGACGCAGCUCGCGGAGGACGUUAAGGGUUCCAGUAACGACACCCACCUGAGCACCAGGGGUUGAAGAGCACCACCAAGGUUCCCAGGGUGGUCUUUCCCGUCUUGGUCUCUGCAGACAGCGAGUACUUGCCCAGAGGAGCGUCAACCGGCGGGGUCACGGACAGGGUCACAAUACCGCGCGCCAUGUUGGGGCUCUUGUUAAUACUGUACCGCCAUAUCGCCUUGACGUCACUGGUGUACUGGAUGGACAUGAGGGACGGGUUACUCAUCUGAGACCGAGUACCACACUUCUCUGAUGGAUACGAACCUGAGGUUGUACUCCUCGCAGCCCAGCGCCUGUUUUUCUGCCUGGCGACAGCAGAGCCACGCCCCCUCCUGCCAGAACUGGGGGUGAAACUUCGUCAAGACCACAAGGUUUCAGCUUCUCAGACAUGAGGACCUGCUGCUUCUCUCUGUCAUAUCAGGAAACGGCUGAGCAAGUGUCUGAUGCCGCCCAAUUCUCGAAAUGUGCCCCGGACACAUUUCAGUUGACACUCACUGGUCCGACGAGUCUCUCCCUCAAGUUAAUACCCAGCUCAUCGGUGCCUGUCCGUGUCUCCCCAGGUCGCCGAGACUGAAGAGGAGCGGGAUUCAGGAAAUGAAGAGAGGGAGGCGGACGCACGACCCAACCUACACGGACACACCGACUUCCUCCUACACACGCCCCAUUGAUGCAACUGGGUUCAGAGAAAUCAACGCUGAGCUAAGGGACUUCUAGCAGAAGAAGAAGAGGAGCUGGAGCUGAAGAGGAGAUAGAAGAAGAGGAGGAGGAAGAAGAAGAAGAAGAGGAGACGUAAAGACAGUCGGUUAUGAUUCACUCAAAUCACUCCAUCCACUCAGUCUUCUGCUGCUGCUGUGCAGUGCAGACCAGGGAGAUCAGCACCCGCAUGGAGCUGGAGGGAAGAACCUCCCUGUGCUUCCAGAGCAGACGAUACCCAGGACACGCCUGCCGGGUCGACAGGUCGAGGAGGAAGCUCCCCCUCCCCCCUCCCGAGGACGAGGACGGUGAAGGCGCGGCGUCGCUGAGGGUCGUCGCCAUGUACGAGUUCAUCGCCAAGGAGGACACCGACCUCACACUCAAACAGGGAGAGGAGUACAUCAUCCUCCACAAGCAGGACCAGCUGUGGUGGAGAGCGCAGGACAAACACGGGAAUAAAGGCUUCAUCCCCAGUAACUAUGUGACCGAGAAAAACAGAAUCGAGGCAAACUCGUGGUACUGCAAGAACAUCACCAGGACAGAAGCUGAGCAGCUGCUGAGACAGGAGGACAAAGAGGGUGGUUUCGUGGUGCGGGAGUCCAGUCAGAAGGGAGUCUACACCGUCUCUGUUUACACCAAGACCUUAAGUGCUAGUGGAGAUAUUAGGCAUUACCAGAUCAAAAUCAGUGACACCGGACAAUACUUCCUGGCUGAAAAACACACCUUCGGGUCCAUACCUGACGUCAUACACUACCACGAACACAACGCAGCAGGUCUAGUGACAAGGUUGCGAUACGCAGUGGGGCCAAUGGGAAGGUGUGUACCUGCCACGUCAGGAUUCAGCUCAGAGAAGUGGGAGAUCAACCCCAGCGAGCUGACCUUCAUGAAGGAGCUGGGCAGCGGUCAGUUCGGCCUGGUGAGGCUCGGCAAGUGGCGGGCUCAGCACAAAGUGGCCAUCAAGGCCAUCAGGGAGGGGGCCAUGUACGAGGAGGACUUCGUCGAGGAGGCCAAGGUCAUGAUGAGACUGUGCCACCCGAAACUGGUGCAGCUGUACGGCGUUUGCCUGCAGAAGCGCCCCCUGCUGAUCGUGGCCGAGUUCAUGGAGAACGGCUGCCUGCUGAACUUCCUGCGGCAGAGGGGUGGAGAUCUGAAGGAGGCCUGGCUUCUGUCCAUGUGCCAGGACGUCUGCGAGGGGAUGGAGUACCUGGAGGCUCAUAGUUUUAUCCACAGGGACCUGGCAGCCAGGAACUGCCUGGUCAACGAGAGCAACGUGGUGAAGGUCUGCGACUUCGGAAUGACCCGGUACGUUCUGGACAACCAGUACACCAGUUCCAGCGGUGCCAAGUUCCCUGUGAAGUGGUCUCCGCCUGAAGUUCUCCACUACAGCAAAUACAGCAGCAAGUCCGACGUCUGGUCCUUCGGUGUGGUGAUGUGGGAGAUCUACUCGGAGGGUCGGACCCCGUUCGAAAACCGCUCCAACCUGGAUGUGGUUAAUGACAUCACCAGAGGGAUCCGGCUGUACCGGCCGCAGCGAGCCUCGCAGCCGCUCUACGCCGUCAUGUACCGCUGCUGGCACGAGAAGCCUCAGGGUCGGCCGCCUUUCUCUGAGCUGCUGGAGGAGAUCAGGAAACUGGCAGAAAAUCCAGAUUAACACUCGCAUACACAAACACGAAAUGUUGAGUUUCAAACUAUUCUUCGCUGUUAUCGCGAAUGUACACAGACUGUAUUUUGUUAUCGUAAAUAACUAUUUUUUCAUUAAAACAUUUUCAGAAAAUUUCUUCUGCGACACUUUUUUCCUCCUUGAAGUUUGAAUGUUUAUCUGUCUUGGUU